AUGCUCGGAACACGCAACUUGGCGGCUGCGGCCAUGCUCGCCCUGGCUUGGGCUGGCGCCGUCAUUGCCGAGUCAUCAGCCGGCUGUGGCAAGACCCCCACCAUCAAGAGCCAGCAGUACACGAUGCAGGUCAACGGCAAGCAGCGCGAGUACAUCAUGAAGCUCCCCGACAACUACGACCAGAACCACCCUUACCGCCUAGUCUUCCUGUGGCACCAACGUGGCGGCAGCGCCACCAAGAUCGUGCAAGGCGAGAACCCCAACGCCGGCGGCGUGGUUCCCUACUACGGCCUGCCGCCUCUGGCCAACAACAGCGCCAUCUUCGUGGUCCCCAACGGGCUCAACUCGGGCUGGGCCAACAACGGCGGCGAGGACACCACCUUCUUCGACCAGAUGGUCAAGACGAUCGAGGCCGACCUCUGCGUCGACACCAAGCUGCGCUUCGCCACCGGCUUCAGCUGGGGCGGCGGCAUGUCCUACAGCCUGGCGUGCUCGCGGCCCGACAUGAUCCGCGCCGUCGCCGUGCUCUCGGGCGCCGAGCUCAGCGGCUGCCAGGGCGGCACCUCGCCCGUCGCCUACUACGCGCAGCACGGCACCUCCGACUCGGUCCUCAACGUGGCCAUGGGCCGCCAGCUGCGCGACCGCUUCGUCAAGAACAACGGCUGCACGCCUCUUUCGUCGGAGCCCCAGCCCAAUGGCGGCAACUCGGUCAAGACCGAGUACAAGGGAUGCAAGGAGGGCUUCCCCGUUACCUGGGUGAUCCACAACGGCGACCACAAUCCCUCGCAGGUCAACCAGGGCCAGUCGUAUCCGUUUGCACCGGCAAACUCGUGGGAGUUCUUCUCGCAGUUUACUUAG